CCCGCCGUUCAUGAAGCCCGCAACAGUGAAGUCGCUUCUGCAGCAGCACGGGAGCAUCGGGCGCGUGUUCCUCACGCCCGAAGACCCGGCCGUGUACGCGCGGCGCAAGGCGCACGGCGGCAACAAAAAGCGCAGCUUCAUUGACGGGUGGGUCGAGUUUGUGGACAAGCGGCAAGCGAAGGCGGCGGUGGAGCUGCUGAACGCGCGCAUUAUCGGCGGGAAAAAGGGCGGCUAUUACCAUGACGAUGUCUGGAAUCUGCGCUACUUGAAGGGCUUCAAGUGGCAUCAUCUCACGGAGCAGAUCAAGAAUGAGAAUGCUGAGAGGGCGGGCAGGCUCAGGGCUGAGAUUGCGCGCAGUACGAGAGAGAAUAAGGAGUUUGUCGCUAAUGUGGAGAGGGCGAAGAUGCUGGGCGGUAUGGAGGCGAAAAGGAAGAAGAAGAGUGCAGCGGAGGGCGGUGCUGGUGCUGCUGCGGGGGAGACGAAGAAGAGGGCGGAUGAUGGCGGGAGGCCCGCGUUGCUGUUCCGCCAGAACGAGGUCAAGAGCAGGAAACUUCCAAAGGAGAGCGCGGUCGAGCAGCCGGAGGAGGUCAAGAGAGUGUUGUCCAAGAUUUUCUAAUAGGGUGUUGGCGCUCUUCUCGCCUGUUUUCUUGUUUGGUUCUGCGUAGUUAUGCGCUGCGGAUGGAAUACAGC